AAAUAUUCAGUAGAUUGUGUCAUCUAUCAUGUAAAUCUAACACUAGCUGGACAAUAAUCAUCGAUAUGUUAAUCAAACGCACAAGAAAUGACAUAAUGUUUACAGAUAUUUGAUGAGCUCAAUAUAAGAAUAUAAAUCAGAGAGUUCGUAACUAAUUCGUCACUUACUAUUAAUACUUAUCCGAUCACUUGUCGAAUCUACAAUAUUCACUUUAAUUUUAUUUCGAUUGUGGUUAAUUUGAUUUAAAACUAAUUCCAAAUGAUUCUAAAACUGUCAAUUAUUUUACCAUUGUUACUAUUAAUAUUUUCUUCCAUCGUUUCUGGCCUCGAAUGGAAUGACUGCGGUCAACCUGAUAGAGCCGUGAAGAUCAACAAGAUCGACUAUUUUAGUAGUAAUGUAAUUAUAAUGGACGGUAGAGCUCUACGUGGUGAAGUUGAUUUCGAUAUUAUUCGACCUCUUGGUUCAGACGUUCGAAUAACAAUUAGCCUGAAAAGAAUCAUUUCAUUUUGGGGAUAUGAAACUCGAAUACCAAUACCCUGUUUCGGUAUGUGCUCUCAAUCAUUAUGUGAAUUGAUCGAUCAAGAAAACAAAGUGACUCGGGAUUUUUCGGCUGCGUCUGGUGGUCCAAUCAAAUGUCCUUUGUUACCACGAAAUUAUUCAGCUCGUAUGUCGUACAUAGUAAAUAUCCAUAAGUUAAACUGGAUUCCAAGUGCGAUGCGAUAUUUAUUUUCAGGUGAUAUCGAAAGUACCACUUAUGUGACCGAAGGAGAUCGUGAGAUCGGAUGCCUUUAUCUGCGAUCUUAUGUAGAGCUUGAAUAAUCAUUGGAUUGUGAAAGAAAAUAAAAAUUGAAGGUUUAUUUUUAAUUUGAA